UGUCAAAGCUUAACUCUCAAGAGGUGAUCCCAAAGGGGGGAUUGCCUACCGCCCAAUGAGCAUCAUCAGCUGGAAUUGUCAAGGAUUGGGACGGUCUCAAGACUUGGCAAUUCCUCGUCUCAAGGAAUUGCGUAAAAAACACUUCCCUGAGAUUCUGUUCUUGAUGGAAACAAUGAAUAAAAGAGAUGUUCUAGUAGAUUUACAAGUGUGGCUGGGUUAUGAAAGGGUUUGGACUGUGGAACCAAUUGGAAAGAGUGGAGGAUUGGCUUUGUUCUGUAAGAAAAAUGUUCAGAUUGAUGUCCUUCAUAUGGAUAAAAACCUGAUUGAUUGUCAGGUUCAGUUUGGAGAAAAAAACUUCUUUCUCUCUUGUGUCUAUGGUGAGCCGGAUAGUUCAAAGAGAAGUGGAGUAUGGGAGAGAAUUUGCAGGUUGGGUAUAAGUAGAAAAGAUAGAUGGUGCAUGGUGGGAGAUUUUAACGCAAUCUUACACAAUGGAGAAAAGAUUGGAGGUCCAAGGAGAAGUGAUUCAUACUUUAAACCAUUUUCUGAGGUGCUUUCAGUUUGUGAUAUGGUGGAACUUUCAAGUCAAGGCAACAAAUACACAUGGGCUGGCAGAAGAGGAGACCAUUGGGUUCAGUGCAGACUUGAUAGAGCUUUUGGAAAUAAGGACUGGAUUCCUAUAGAGGUCAAUUUCGCUUUGAUAGGAGAUUCCUCUUCAAGCCUGAGGUAAAGAUUGCUAUUUUCAAGUCAUGGAAUUCUAGAGCUG